AUGGCUCUCCAGGACAUUCUGGGUACCAAUCGCCCUUCCCGGCCUCCUGGUUGGCCUCUGCCACCACCCAGCAAGAUGGUGGCAACCGCUCCCUUCUCACUGUCUCAUGGCACCACAACCCUGGCUUUCCGCUGCAGCCACGGGGUGGUGGUGGCGGCAGACACCCGCUCCUCUUGCAAGGGCCUCAUCUGCGACCCGGCCUCCCGUAAGGUCAUCACGCUCCAUCAGCACCUGAUAGCGACCACGUCUGGGACCUCCGCAGACUGCGCCGCUUGGUUGCGUGUCCUGCGCUGCUCCCUGCGCUUGAGGCAUCUCCACGAGGGGCAGCAGCCCAGCGUGGCCGGCGCGGCGAAGCUGCUAGCCGGUCUGUUGCGUGCCUGCCACAGCAAGGAUAUCUGUGUGGCCACCCUGCUGUGCGGUUGGGACCAUACAGGGCCUAGCCUGCAUUAUGUGUACAGUGAUGGAACCCAUCUCUCCGGGGAUGUCUUUUCGGUCGGCUCCGGGUCCCCCUACGCCUACGCCGUCUUGGAUGGUGCUUACCACUACAACCUGCCGGUCGCGGAGGCUUUCGCCCUGGCCCGCCAAGCCGUAGCUCACGCUGCCCGCCGAGACGCCUACUCUGGAGGGAGCGUUGACCUCUACCACGUCCAGCAGAGUGGCUGGAUCUGUGUCUCCCGAGAAGAUGUGGGCCAAGUCUACCAAGCGUUGGGGGAAACGGCAGAACGAGAGGGGAUUCGUGAGGAGGAGGAAUCCGGAAAAACACAGACAGGACUAAACCGAUAA